UUUUUUAUUUAAUCGGCUACUACAGAUUGCGUUGCUUUGGGAUGUCUGGUGUUUUCAGAUGUAAAGUCACGGCUAGCUGUAUCCUACUGAAAUGUGUGUGAAAGUCAAAUUAUACCAUGGCAUAAUAUGGAAUGGCGAGGAAUUGUACAAUACGGAAUCCCACUUUAUCUGGUUAUGCCUAAGCAAAUAAUUGUUCAACUUUGUUAUUGGGUCGAAUAUGGCACAAUAAAAACUAAAGUCUUCUGUGGGGUUAUGGGAUUUGUGAAUCACAGAUGAAUGGGGAUUUAUGAGUCACAGAUCUGACUGAUCACAAAUUGGGUGAAUGUGCGCGCGAGAAAUGUGUCUGAGAAAUAAGGAAUCACCCAUGUCAGACUACAUACAGUAGUCCUCUUGAUCAACAAGUUGUGCACUGCAGGUAGACCAACAUAAUAUUCGAUUAGAACAGCCUUUGAUGACAUAUAACUGAAAAAUAACUUAAAGGCCUAUCUUGAAUACUUAGAAAAAAACAACAACAGUAUUUUCAUAAUGACCCUAGAUCAGGGAUCAUCAACUAGGGUGGUCGGGGGGCUGGAACAUAAUUACAAAUCAUUUGUAGACAUCAAAUUGUCCACAAGAAGCCCAAAUAGAUAUAAUGUCUACAACAACUAUUUAACAUCUUGCUAACAUCUGAAUGAGAUCACGUGUCUCUCGAUUAGGCGUGGGAAUACUUUAACAGAUUUCUUAAAUUAAAAUAACUUGAAGCUGAUUUCCUGGUGUUUUUACAGUCUUUUAUGUAAAAAAAACGUGUUUUUGUUGUUCUCUGAACACUUUGGGGGACAACCCCCCCCCUCCAUGUGGGCCAAUUUUGGCCCACAGGCCGCCAGUUGGGGAACCCUGCCCUAGAGAAUAUGAUACCCCUUGGAACCCAAAGAAGUACCACUCAGAAUAGGGUCUCCCCAGCCCCCAGGUUUGACUGAGAAUUGUUUGAAUUGGUCGGCCCUUGGCCCAUUCUCUGGCAUUGUUCUGGAGGGCCUGUAAGUUCCACAGGCAUCUGGGUCCCUUUCCUGCUUUGGCCAGGGACACAGGCUACAGUAUCCACUGAGAAAGGAAACCAUCCACGUCCCGCCAUUGUUGACUGCAGGAAGGAAGAACUCUCUGUGUGACGUCAUCCUGUUAGACCAGUGCCAUUGUAUGGAGCUGCAGGCUGGGUUUGCUUACUCAUGGUGUGUGUGUGUGUGUGUGGGUGGGUGAUUCCCUGACUUAAGUACGUCAGUGAAGAUCCAGCAGACAAGGAAUAGACAGCUACAGUACAGACCUCAGCCUUUGUUUGAGUGUUUGAUGUGAAAAGGUGUGGGUAUUCCAACAUAAGAAUGAUACUGUUUUGGCCCAGUGAGUAAGCGACUAUAUAAGGAAUGGAAGAUAAACAUUAUGAUUACCAUGUUUUCUAUGCAUUGCGGUGAAAAAGAAGGAUCUCUGCUUUUAUAACAUUCAUUUAAGAUGUAUUCUAUUACCACACUAUUACCUGUGGCAUUUCAUUUGUGAUUUUUGUCAGGUAUUUUGUCCAGAGCAAGAUAGGGGCAAAAAGCCCAUUCUAAAUGGCAUCAGUUUAGACAUACACCAUCUUCUGUCUUCCCUCUGUGUUCCAGGUAUAGCAUAGCUGUCACUAUGGCAACGAGCGCUGUUCCCAGCGACAAUCUCCCCACGUAUAAGCUGGUAGUGGUGGGGGAUGGGGGAGUGGGGAAGAGCGCUCUCACCAUUCAGUUCUUUCAGAAGAUCUUUGUUCCUGAUUACGACCCCACCAUCGAGGACUCUUACCUCAAACACACUGAGAUUGAUGCCCAGUGGGCCAUAUUGGACGUUCUGGAUACAGCAGGCCAAGAGGAGUUCAGUGCUAUGAGGGAACAGUACAUGAGGACUGGGGACGGGUUCCUCAUCGUGUUCUCUGUCACAGACAAGGCCAGCUUUGAACACGUGGACCGCUUCCAUCAACUCAUCCUCAGGGUGAAGGACCGGUGGGAUUUACUACUUAACUUCCCACUGGUGGCCGUGGCCAGGACAACAGUCAUUCAUUCAUUCAGUUAUUCAUGCAUUCAUGCAUUUAUUAGUCCGUCCAUUCAUUCACUCAUUCGUUCAUUCAUUCAUUCAUUAUUAUUUUCCUUCUUUUUUAGGGAAUCCUUUCCUAUGGUUCUUGUGGCCAACAAAGUGGACCUGCUGCAUUUACGUAAAAUACCCAGUGAUCAAGGGAGGGAGAUGGCUAGUAAACACAGUAUAGCUUACAUUGAAACAAGUGCUAAGGACCCAGCCAUGAAUGUUGACAAGGCGUUCCACGAGUUAGUUAGGGUAAUCAGGUAUGUUACCGCCACAGAUUAUUUAGAGAAGGUUUGUCUGUAUGAUACAAAUGCUAUGAGAGUCUCUCUCUCUCUCUCUCCCUCUCUCUCUCACCCAGGCAACAGAUUCCAGAGAGGAGCCAGAAGAAGAAGAGGAAAACCAAGUGGCGGGCCGACAGGUCCACUGUCUCCCACAGACUGCACUGCGUUGUUCUAUGAUGGUUUUUACUUGUACAGCUGCUCCCUACAGGACAGCGGGAAGAUGAUUACAUUUAGGAGUGUUUACUCUCUACACAGAGUGCCAGGAGGCAGUUUGUACCCUCUACCCUGGCACAUGAGUUAGGUAGUAGGGAGUUGCCCAGACAUGGGAUGUGACUGACUCGCCCUAAAAGGACCAGUGGAAUAAUUUACAGCUCUUCUGGGGAUGUGCACUAACGUCCUCAACAACAUGGGGAUAAAGUGGCAUCACUUUAGCAUUACUGCCUUUAUCUACCAAUGAAGCUCUUUGACAGAGAAACUGGACAUAUGGGCUCACAAAGAUAAUCUGUAAAUAAUUAGACAUACUGUACAUUUUACUAAGAGGUAGGCCUUUAAACAUUGUUUUACCAAGAGGUAGGCGUUUAAACAUUGUUUUACUAAGAAGUAGGCCUUUAAAACUUGGUCCAUGUUUUCAUUAAGAUGGAGGCCAUUGAGUAAAGCACAGGGAGGAGGGAGGAAACAGAGAGCUUUCCCCAGCGAGGGGGAGUAUAGUAGAGGGGGGAGUGAGAGGAGGGGAGAGGAUGUGUCUGUUUGUGUUGGAAUCAGUGGGCCUGUCAGACAACAGAGAGAAGAAGGGAAAGUGAGGAAAGAGAUACAGAGAGAGAAAGAGAGAUUCCAAAUGCAUAGCAGCUGGCAAAGGGACUCCAGACAUUGUGUCAAAGCCUGGGAGGCAGCCAAUGUGUAGCCCCAUAACUUAUACAGGGAGAAUGUCUUUAUAAUCUCCGAACAAGACUGUUAUAUAACUGCAUUGUAGCUUAUUGAAUGCACCAAAUGUCUUAUUUGAAUGGACAUUUAUGAACCAUGACCGUUUUGACUUAUCAGUGCUCACUGGAUGUAGUUGUGUACUUCUCAAAACGCUUCAAACACACUAUUGUGGUGUGUGUGUUUGUGUGUGCGUGCGUGAGUGCCCCGGAUAUGUUGUGGCCUAGACGAUGAAAUCUUAUUUUCACAUCUGAAUAUUAGUUUGCUUUGCUACUAUUUCAUUAUUUAUUUGAUAUGAGUAAUUUAUAGCUGUGUUAUCAUUAGUACAAGGCUACUCCAGAGAGGCACAAAGCACAGAGCUUAACAAAGAAAUUGAAGGAACAAAACAUUUGUAAGCAAAGUAAUAAAUGUGUGUUAAUACA